CUGUGUCAAUUGCCGGGCGACGUAGCGCGAAUAAAGGCCGUAGCCUAUUUGUGGCAGCGCUUUCCUUGUAGCGCGUGCGGCUGCGUCUCUCCGCGUUCGUGCACGCGCUCGCCCGAGCCUUUGCCGUCUCGCCUAGCCUGUUGCUAGCUUCCGUUCGAGCAGCGCCGCGUCUUUUUGCGCCGCGAUGGCAGGUGUUCAAGGUGGCGAGCCCACGGGAUGACGCCGUUCUCCGUGGUCGCUCGGUGCGAAAGGUGCAUCAGGGCGGGUUCGGUCGGUGUCGUCUGGUUCCCGCAGACACCAGGCUGCUGAGCGACAAACCAGCGGCGGUGGUCGCCGAACCCAGUAUGAGGACAUUGCUUAUCCGGAAAAUCGUGAAUAUUAUUGAAUAGUCAUUAAUCCUCGAGGGGUGUUAAUUGGCUAAAGGGUUAAAAGCCGCUCGGACCCGUUUGAUUGCGUGAUGGGCCGCUUUUGCUGCGCGUGAACGGCGCGUCGUGCGGGUUCGCUUGGCCGCGGGCGGAGUUCGGGGCAGGUCUGACGGUGCCACGUAAAGAUGGUGUUUAGGAGCGAGGAGAUGUGCUUGGCGCAAUUGUUCCUGCAGUCCGGCUCUGAAUAUGACUGCAUCAGCGAGCUCGGGGAGCUGGGGCUGGUCGAGUUCCGAGACCUCAACCCGAGUGUCAGCUCAUUCCAGCGGCGCUUCGUCAGCGAAAUCAAGAGAUGUGAGGAGAUGGAGCGGAUUCUGGGAUACCUCCUGAGAGAGAUCCACAAGGCGAAUAUAGCCGUUCCAGAGGAGGAUGAGAGUCCACUCGCUCCUCCCCCAAGACAAGUCCUGGAGAUCAUGGAGCAGCUCCAGAGGCUGGAGAUGGAGCUCAGCGAGGUAGCGAGGAACAAGGAGAAGCUCCAGCGGAACCUCCUGGAGCUCACCGAGUACACGCACAUGCUGAAGAUCACGCGGACCUUCAUCCACAGCCGCUCCAGGCAUGAAGCUCUGGGUCCUCAGUAUGAAGAAUUCCCCACUAUGGAGACAGACUCGGUCACGGGAUGCACGGGGAUGCAGCGCCUCGGAGCCAAGCUGGGCUUCGUGUCCGGCCUCAUCCAGCGGGUGAAGGUCGAAGCCUUCGAGCGCAUGCUGUGGAGAGUCUGCAAAGGCUACACCAUCCUCAGCUACGCGGAGGUGGACGAGAACCUGGCCGAUCUCGACACGGGAGAGAUAAGCAAGAGUGUUGUGUUCCUCAUCUCUUUCUGGGGAGACCAGAUUGGGCAGAAAGUUCAAAAGAUUUGUGACUGUUACCACUGCCAUCUGUACCCUCACCCUGAGAAUGAUGAGGAGCGAGCCGAUGUUCUGGACAGCCUGCGGACGCGCAUCCAGGACCUCAACAACGUGCUCCACCGCACUGAGGACUACCUGAGGCAGGUCCUGCAGAAGGCCUCGGAGUCGGCCUUCGCUUGGGUCGUGCAGGUGAAAAAGAUGAAGGCCAUCUAUCACAUCCUCAACCUCUGCAGCUUCGACGUUACCAACAAGUGUCUGAUUGCGGAGGUGUGGUGUCCCGUCAGUGACCUGGCCAACCUGCGGGGGGCGCUAGAGGAGGGAUCGAGGAAAGGUGACGCCACCGUCCCGUCCUUUGUCAAUCGCAUCCCAUGCUCCGACACCCCACCCACCCUGCUACGAACCAACAAGUUCACGUCAGGCUUCCAGAGCAUCGUGGAGGCUUAUGGGGUUGGGGACUAUCGCGAGGUAAGCCCAGCCCCUUACACCAUCAUCACGUUCCCCUUCCUGUUCGCCGUGAUGUUCGGCGACCUCGGCCACGGCGCCGUCAUGAGCCUCUUUGCCCUGUGGAUGGUGCUCACGGAGAAAAGGCAGAAGAAAACGCGUUCCAGCAACGAGAUAUGGGCCACGUUUUUUAAUGGACGAUACAUCAUUCUGAUGAUGGGGCUUUUCUCCGUCUACACCGGCCUCAUUUACAACGACUGCUUCUCUAAGUCGCUGAACAUAUUCGGCUCUGGCUGGAGCAUCAAGGCCAUGUUCACAAAUCAGCAGUGGACGAAUAAAACUCUCCAAGCGAACGCUCUGCUCACAUUGGAUCCCAAUAUCAGCGGCGUUUUUGGCGGCCCGUACCCGUUUGGCAUCGACCCCAUGUGGAACCUGGCAGUGAACCGGCUGUCCUUCCUCAACUCCUACAAGAUGAAGAUGUCGGUUGUUAUCGGGGUCAUCCACAUGAGCUUUGGAGUGGUGCUGAGUGUCUUCAAUCACCUGCACUCCCGGCAGAAAUGUAACAUCUACCUGCUAUUUCUGCCCGAGCUGCUCUUCCUCCUCUGUCUCUUUGGGUACUUGGUUUUCAUGAUUUUCUACAAGUGGCUGGCCUUCGGCGCCAGAGAGUCCAGCGACGCUCCCAGCAUCCUCAUACACUUCAUCAACAUGUUCGUCAUGCAGGGGAAAGACAUCACUCCUCUCUAUCCGGGACAGACUGGGCUGCAGAUUUUCCUCGUCGUGGUUGCGAUGCUGUCGGUUCCCGUGCUGCUGGUGGGAAAACCUCUUUACUUGUACUGGCUCUUUCGUGGAGGCAAAGGCCUGCGCCGACGCAGAGGUUAUGAGAGGGUGAGGCGUGUCAGUGAGGACGACAGCUCCACAGCUCCGCCCUGUGAGGAUGACGAAGAGGACGGACUCGAUGAAGUCAUCGGCAGCCAAGCUCUCCCCAAAGAGUUUGACUUUGCAGAUGUGCUCCUGCACCAGGCCAUCCACACCAUAGAGUUCUGCCUGGGCUGCAUCUCCAACACGGCGUCCUACCUGCGUCUCUGGGCUCUCAGCUUGGCUCAUGCCCAGCUGUCGGAGGUGCUGUGGGCCAUGGUGAUGCGCCUGGGUCUGAGCAUCUCCACCAGAGUGGGCGUCGUGCUCCUGGUCCCCGUGUUCGGCCUCUUCGCCGUGCUCACCGUGUCGAUCCUGCUAGUCAUGGAAGGCUUAUCAGCGUUCCUCCAUGCUCUCCGCCUCCACUGGGUGGAGUUUCAGAACAAAUUCUACCGUGGGACUGGGGUGAAGUUCGUGCCCUUCGACUUCGCCCUCCUGCCCUCUGUUUUCGAGCAGGACGGCUUGCUUUAAACGUAUGAACUCCGCGAGGUCUGGGAGGAGGCAGACCUUAUCAUCGGGAGCUGGAGGUUGGGAACGAAUACGAAAUGCACUGUGAUAAGGAAACCUUUCGAGACAGCGGAUCGAAACUUUCUCUUGUAGCAACGUUUUUCACCGUGACAAUUUUUAAAGUUAUCGGCUGCGCUGACUGCCUUACUCUACCCCGUAGACCUCUGAAUAGGUGGAGGUGGUGAUCAGAUUUUCUAAGUGAAUUAUUGCUCAGCAUUACUUGUCACACCAGUUGGGUGAGGUUAAAUAUUAAAUUCACAUUGUGCUGUGUAAACGGUUUUUGUAUUAUUUACAUGAUAUUUUACUUGAGCAUUUAUACAGUGCAAUGCUAAACAUGAACCAUCUUUUAAAGACCAUGUAAAUGUCCUGACGUAGUGCCAUAGAGAUUUAAUUGUGAGGGCAACACUAGGAAGUCUUUGUUUAUUAAAACAGCUCCUGUUUGAGGUGAAGGAAAAGCUGUGGAGGUCAAACAUACACCGUGACCCGUUCUGUCAGGCAUUUUGUCACAUAGCACUUUGCAGAAAUGAUUGUACAAUUAAAGGUUUUCACUGAGUGUGAUGAUGCCAAAUGAAAACAACAAGCCUGUCAGCUGUUUGCUUCUUUUACUUAUCAUUGCUUAUUGAAGGUAACCUCCCCUGUAACUAGCCGUAGGGUAAGACGUAGGAUUUUCUUGAUGAUACUAUAGUACUUAUUACAGUCAUGGUAUUUAUUUAAGUUAUUGUCUGUACAAGAGUCAAAUAUUUUACCAUUCUGAUGUGUUGAAUAAAGGUUUUGAGAAAUGCAAACAA